CUGAACCCCAAACAAUCGUUCUCGCGAUGAACUGCCAAUUUUGCGCCCGACGAGCACUCAGCCUCUUCUCAAGACCCUCUACAUAUGUAAAUCCAUCGGUCUCUGCGCGGCAAGCCCACUACAAACCAAAACGACAGUCGGAUUCCUUCCCCGACGCUCGCCCAUCGCGUAACUAUCCUACGAGAUCGCCAAAGGCAGUCGCAACUACAACCUUCGACGAGGCUACAGCAGAAUGGAAAGAGGAGAAAUCGGAUCGCCCUGCGUGGCAAGCUGAGAAGGAGGCUAUGAAGAAAAAGCUAAACGGUGAAGCCUGGAAUCCGCGCAAGAAGCUGUCGCCCGACACCAUGGAAGGCAUCCGGCAUUUAAAUCAAUCCCAACCCGAGAAGUUCACCACACCAGUACUUGCCGACCACUUCAAAGUCUCGUCCGAAGCCAUACGGCGCAUACUGAAGAGUAAAUGGCGGCCGUCCGACGAAGAGCACGACGAGCGCAUGCGGAGAUGGGACAGCCGAGGCGAAAGAAUUUGGUCGAACCUAGUUGAAAUGGGUAUCAAGCCGCCGAAGAAGUGGAGAGAGAUGGGUGUUGGCCGCGCAGACAACAGCGACAGACGUCCCAUAUGGAAGGCACGUAGGAGGAACCAGGUUGAGGUCAGGGACAGUGCUCCUGAAUCAUUCCUGCCCGAGGAAGACAUCAUACCGACUGUGGAUGCGCCUGGCAGGCGAAAACCGAUAUCAACCACACCGCUGACGGACAGGCUGUAAGGCUUCGGUGAAGUCGUCAUACGGGCGACUGCAUGCCAUACAUACUUCUACAGGGGCCAGGCCAUUGACUGCCCCUGCGGCGCCUGUUAUACAGGCUGUCCGUACAAUGCCGAUCAAUGGCGUUAUCAAUCAAGUGAACAGAGGCGAAUGCAUCUGCGUCAUAAACGGGUUGACACGACUAUCGAACACCUGUGGGCUUGUGUUGAUAAUUCAAUUCAAAAGACCAUAGAGGGACAGACGCUGCAGAUGCAGCGGAACACAGUGUGUGGGCGAAUGCGAAAUGCAAUGAGCCACCCCUGAGCUUGGGCAUCGUAUCUGCCAUCAACUUGAAGUACGAGUGGGAUUGGCUUCUAGCAAAGACUCGUGAGGUUCGAGUAUCCAGCGAGUGUCAUCCCUCAGAUUACAAACUCGAUAAUCCAUCGCGGAAUCAGAUAGCAAAUCAAUAAAGCUAACUGACCCU